GUGUGACUUUGUGAAGUGAGAGCAGUGCAGAGCAACUAACUAAUGAAUUUCUGGCUGAGUAUUAAGUUUCUACCUCCAGUUGUAUCCUUAAUGUAAACGAUGCUGAACUGAGCUCAACACUGAAUGAACGUUUAAAUACAAGAGAAGAAGAAGAAAGAAAGAAGUAGAGCACAUACACAGAGGAAGAAGGCGGGUUUUACUUGAUGUAAAGCCAACAAGACGAGGAAGCAGCUCACAUCACUGAGAGGAACCAUGAAGGAAACAUCUCUACUGUUUCUGCUCUUUCUGAGCUCCCUGCUGUGCUGCAGAAAAAGUCAAGCUCGUCUGACCAUCAGUCCCAGCAGAUCUCAGCUUUUUAAAAGAGACUUUGUGUCUCUGAUCUGUGAGGACGACAGCUCUGCUGGAUGGACGGUGAGGAGAAACACAACCAAGAAGACCAGGACUCAGUGUGGAUCUGGGUGGGGAAAACCUGCUGGUUCUUCUUGUAGGAAUGACUACAUUCUCCCACAGGACUCUGGAGUUUACUGGUGUGAGUCCAGAGAGGGAGCAACCAGUAACAGCAUCACCCUCACUGUCACUGGUGGAUCAGUGAUCCUGCAGAGUCCUGUCCUCCCUGUGAUGGAGGGAGAUGACCUCACUCUGAGCUGUCAAUCAAAGCCUCCCUCCAACCUCCCAGCUGCUUUCUAUAAAGAUGGCUCCCUCAUCAGGACUGAGUCUACAGGUCACAUGACCCUCCACCAUGUUACCAGGUCUGAUGAAGGUCUCUACAGGUGUAACAUCAGCAGUCAUGGAGAGUCUCCACCCAGCUGGAUCUCUGUCACAGGUAAACCUACAACCACAUCUCCGCCCAUAUCAACAACUCCGCCCAUAUCAACAACUCCGCCCGCUAAUGUAGCCCCACCCUCUGCUUCGUGCUCCUUCUAUCUUGGUUUCAUGCUGCUCCUCCACCUGCUGGUGUUCUGUCCGUACUUCAUCUCCACCCUCCUCAUGGUGUCUUUAUAUCCACACAGAGACACAGGAAGUGACCUGGCCGUCUCCAUGGUGAUGACUCCAUCCACCCAGGCUGAUCAGGGAUUGGCUGAUGACUAUGAUGAUGUCACCACAGAGCAUCAUCUAAACUGAGCUGAACAUCUCAUCUCUCUCUUCUCCUGAUAUUCUUCUUUCACAUGAGAACUUUCUAGAACUGAGGUCAACAUCUGUGAACAGAGACGUCACAUCUGUCUGUUUAUCCUGGAAAUAAAGCAGUGAAGGGGGCGUGGCCUGUCUGCUCUGCUUCUUUUACACACCUGGACAGAACAGCUGCUACACUGGAUCCACAUCAACACAUGAUGAAGGUCUCUAUAAGUGGAACAUCAUCAUCAUGGUAGACUCCCCGUACACGGGGAGAACAUAGAACCUCCACACAGAAAGACCACUGUUCAAACCCCCCCAGCCCAGGUGGUGGUGCUAACCACCACACCAUCCUGCAGCUCUAACUGCCACCACAGUUUUCUCAUUAUAAUCAUUUUCUGCUUUUCAUCUUUACUUUUACCAGCAGAACCUGGUCAGUCAGUAAUAUUCUAAGUCAUGGGAUCUCUGGUAAAUCCGUGUGAUCAGCUGCUGCCUCAGCUAGGAUGACGUCAUGAGAGCACAUAAAGUGGAGAUAAUAAAGAUCUCCAUCAGGAUGGAUCACUAUGUAUCUGAUUAUGUUUAACAAGCUGUCCAAGAUGUGACGUGGAAGCAGAUCCUGGAGCAGGAAUGGGUGGAAACUCUGGAAAUACUGCUUAGUUUCAUGUUGGAUGUUUGUGAGAAAGAAAGAAUAAUUAAAAUGUUUUAUUUAGUUGGUAAAGUGUAACCAGGCUGACAUCAUGGUGAAGCAUCUCAGUUACUCCACACUAUGAGUCCUAAACUGUGAUGUACAUGUUUAACUAACCUAUAGGAAUGAUGAUCAGCUCCAUGUGCUCGCUAACUUACCGAAGGUUAAUUCUAUAGAACCAGAAAAGCAGAACAUACUGGGUUUUAUACUUGGCUUACAGGACGUUUGUAAAGGUUCAUUUAGGUUUUAAAUGAGUACUUUUACUGUGAGGUAGCAAGUCCCUGUUUUUAUUUCAUUAAAGAAAAACACCUGCAUGUAUAAAACAUAAUAAAACAUAAAGCUUCCUACAGAUUGCUGGGUUGGGUUAUACCAAGAGACCCUGAACUGGAGCACAGCUUCGGUCUGGCAGCAGCAGGGAGGAGAACAGGAAGUAACAGGACACAAAGCAUUCUGGGAGUUGUAGGAUUUUCAUCUUUAGAUGUUUUCUGGCUUUUCUCUGGUUAAAGAUGGUUGUUACAUCACACAGUCCAGUUUAAUAUUUCCAUCAUUCUUCAUCUGUUAUUAAAC